GAAGUAAUCAGAAUUAUUAUAAUAACAACACUUUACGAGGGAAAUCGAAGAUGAGUGCUAACAACAGGUUCAAACUCCUUUUGAAGAAUGCAAAGCAAGUUGCUGUGGUAUGUAAUGGUAAUCAGCGUGUGCUUCGAGGCGAAGAAAUGAGCCGGGUCGCAGUUAUGCCACAACCGUUGCCCGGAAUGGAUGGGACCGAUACGGAGGGUGACAAUGUCAGCAUUGUUGUUAAUUUGAAUGGAAUGAUAGAAGACAUAGGAUCCAGCUCUGCUCUUAAAAAAAAAUACAGUGAUGCAACCUUCGACAACAUUCUGGAUGUGAAGGGAAUGUGUGUACUGCCAGGACUGGUCGACGGUCACACACAUCCCGUGUGGGCAGGGGACAGAGUCCAUGAGUUUGCUAUGAAGCUCGCAGGUGCCUCCUACAUGGAUGUCCACAAAGCUGGAGGGGGGAUCGGCUACACCGUAGGGCACACUCGCUCCGCCUCGGAAGAGGAGCUCUAUGAUCUUCUGCGGCCCCGCCUGGAAGGCAUGCUGCGGGCGGGCACCACGCUGGUAGAGUGCAAGAGCGGUUACGGCCUGGAGACGGCUACGGAGAUGAAGAUGCUUCGAGUCUUGGAGAGAGCAAGACGGGAACUGCCCAUUGAGAUCUCCAGCACCUUCUGUGGGGCUCAUUCGGUGCCAAAAGGAAUGACUUCAGAUGAGGCCACCGAUAAUGUCAUCAACAAGCAGCUGCCAGAACUCCAGAACCUCAUCCAAUCCGGCGACGUCCAAGUAGAUAACAUUGAUGUCUUCUGCGAGAAAGGCGUAUUUGACGUGGAGCAGACCAGGCGAAUCUUGGAGGCGGGACUCCGGAUGGGGCUGUCAAUCAAUUUCCACGGUGAAGAGCUGACUUACUUGGGUGCAGCUGAGAUGGGUUCUGCCCUGAAGGCAACAGCCAUCAGCCACCUUGAAGAGAUCAGUGACGCCGGGAUUACAGCAAUGGCCGAGGCUGGAAGCGUGGCUGUGAUUCUUCCCACGACCGCCUACAUACUGAAACUGACUCCGCCCCCUGUCAGGAAGAUGAUCGAGGGUGGGGUAGCAGUGGCCCUUGGAAGUGACUUCAACCCCAAUGCAUUCUGCCUGUCCAUGCCUCUCGCCAUGCACCUCGCCUGUGUCAAUCUGGGUAUGACAAUGGACGAGGCGCUAGCAGCUGCGACAAUCAACGCUGCCGCCUCCCUGGGUAAAGCAAGUAGCCAUGGAUCUCUGGAGGUUGGUAAGGUCGGGGAUAUGAUCGUCAUCGAUGCGCCAAGAUGGGAGCAUCUUAUCUACCAGCUGGGCAAUCAUGAGAGGUUAAUCAAACAUGUCAUCAAGCGAGGGGAAAUCAUCCACUGAAAUCAGAGGAGAAAUUACAUGAGAUACAUGUAGCAGAGAGCUGCACAUCGUGUUAUUUUCUCCUUCCAGUAGUGCCGUCCAAGCCAAAGAAUUUGACUAUGUGUUCUGCCAUUUGGCAAAAAACUAAUGCUACACUGUUUCAUCAUGAGGUAGGCAUGCAUGUGUACAUAAAUGUUACCAGACUAGAUCGCAGUAUUAAAGUCAAGUCCAUCACAAAUCCACAAGUUUCAGUCACAAGCUAUUCAAACAAACUGUGAUAAAGGCAUUUGUGGCUAAUUGUUCAUCCCCAGUUACAUUUGCCAAGAAUUGACUUGCAUGGUUUUGUGAAGGACUAAAGUAAAGUAUUGCUGGAUUGAGUUUGAGUAAAGGUUCACUUUU